AAAAAGGAUUGCCCAGAAGACACCCAUAUCAAGAAGUCUUCUGACCAAACGCAAUCAUGGGUAUCUCCAGAGACUCUCGCCACAAACGCUCCGCCUCUGGCGCGAAGCGCGCAUACUAUCGCAAGAAGAGGGCUUUCGAGAAGGGUCGCCAGCCGUCCAAUACCCGUAUUGGACCAAAGCGUAUCCAUCUUGUCCGCACCCGUGGCGGCAACCGCAAAUUCCGCGCUCUUCGUCUCGACUCGGGCAACUACUCCUGGGGCUCCGAGGGCAUCGCCAAGAAGACCCGCGUGAUUGCUGUCGUCUACCACCCCUCCAACAACGAGCUCGUCCGCACGAACACCCUCACCAAGUCCGCUGUCGUCCAGAUUGACGCUGCUCCGUUCAGGCAAUGGUUCGAGGCCCACUACGGCCAGCCUCUCGGUCGCAAGAAGCAGGCCAAGGGUGCCGAGAAAGAGGAGGAGAAGAAGAAGUCCAACGCUGUCGAGAAGAAGCAGGCGGAACGCUUCAAGGCCUCUGGAAAGGUUGAGAGCGCGUUGGAGAAGCAGUUCGAGGCUGGUCGUCUGUACGCCGUUGUCUCCUCCAGGCCCGGCCAGAGCGGUCGUGUUGAUGGCUACAUCCUUGAAGGUGAUGAGCUCGCUUUCUACCAGCGUCUGCUCAGGAAGCACUAAAGGCGGGGACGAGGAUAUCGGGCAAUUCUUUGGGGCAUCGGUCGGGUCAAAAUGGGUGUUCAUUCGUGUAUCUGGUCAUAGAUCCAAUGCCAUGAAUGAACCUGGCAGGAUAAUGCCACUUCUUUAGAUACCACGACUUGCUAUGAAAUUAUGCGUUAAUCACUUUUGCAUGAUGGGACGCAUUCGGUCAUGGGAUUUCUUCGCACAAGUCCCUUCAUGUUUGACUUUUGAUAGGAUAAAUAUUGCACCUGGCAG